CAACGACACUCUCAGCAGUUCAACAUUCAGCAACACUGCUUAAACUUAAACAUAUCAAACAUAUGAAACAUCAUUUCAUCAGUAUUGUUUAGAAUCUCGAACGAAAAGAAACAAACUAUUUCCCUCUUCGAGCUUUUCCAUAUGUCUAUAGUGCAAAGUUGUGAAAUUAUUAAUAAAUACAAAUUUAAUGAAAUAAACAAUAUUUUCAAUUAUUAAUUUUAUUUUUUGCCAUAUAAUUUAUAAUGGCUCCAACAAAUAUCGGAAUUUUGGAAACUCGCCGUAAUAAACAUGACGAAGAGGAAGAAGAAGAUGGCACUUUUCCAAAAGCACGUCACAUAUUCGGCUUUAUGGGAUUCAUUGGAUUCGCCGUGGUCUAUUCGAUGCGUGUAAAUUUGUCGGUAGCCAUCGUUACGAUGGUCAAUCAAACGGCAAUACCUCAUGUUAAUUUGACAGAGGUUGAUGACCAAUCGUGUCCGAUAAGUUCUACAUCGUCAUUAUGGUCAAACCAAAACAGUAGCACCACAAGUAAACCUCGCCAGCUUCAAGGCGAAUUCGAAUGGGAUGAAUAUACGCAAGGGCUUGUUUUGGGUUCGUUUUAUUAUGGCUACAUGUUGACACAAAUACCCGGUGGACGGUUAGCUGAGAUUUAUGGAGGCAAAAUGGUCUAUGGACUGGGAGUUUUUAUAACUGCGGUUUUAACCUUGUUAACACCGAUAGCAGCUCGUUGGAAUCUUCCAGCUUUGGUUGCUCUGCGAGCUAUUGAGGGACUUGCCGAAGGGGUAACUUAUCCAGCGAUACAUGUUAUGGUGGCUAAUUGGGUUCCUCCAUUCGAAAGGAGUACCUUUUCGUCGGUAGUCUAUUGUGGAUGUAAUAUUGGAACUGUCAUUUCACUUCCGUUGGCUGGGUGGUUGUGUUCGUUAGAGUUUCAAGGAGGUUGGCCAUUGGCUUUUUACAUAUUUGGGAUACUCGGUAUGAUUUGGUUUGGUUUCUGGAUGUGGUUGGUUGCGGAUACUCCUGGACGAAGUAAUCGGAUAUCGGAGAAGGAGCGUAAAUAUAUUGAAAGAGCAUUAAAGACUGUGGAGAAAACAGACGAUGAUGAUGACGAUGCAAGGAAUAUCCCUUGGCUAUCACUUCUGACUUCACUUCCACUUUGGGCCAUAAUGAUAACUCAAUUUGGUUGGAUGUGGACAUUUUUAACUCUCAUUACUGAACUGCCAACCUACAUGGAUCAAAUUUUGCAUUUCGAUAUUCAAUCGAAUUCUGCAUUAAGUGCAUUGCCAUACUUUACAGCUUGGAUAAUGGGAAUUCUUUGUUGUAGUUUUGCCGAUUGGUUGUUAAAGAAGAACUACAUUAGUUUGUUGAACUCUUAUCGAUUAUGGAAUUCGGUUGGAUCGAUAAUUCCUUCGCUAGGUUUGAUUGGUGUUGCUUAUGUUGGUUGCAAUGGGACGUGGGUGAUGUUUAUGCUUGCUGUGUUGGGUGCAUUUAAUGGAGCAACUUAUGCUGGUUUUCAAAUGAAUCAUAUAGCGCUGAGUCGGAAGUAUGCUGGAACUGUAUAUGGAAUAACGAAUACAGCUGGAAGUAUGUCGGGGUUUUUGGGACCUUGGGUUAUAGGUUUAGUGAUAAAUGGCAAUAAUACUCUAGCGCAAUGGAAAUAUGUAUUUUAUUUAGCUGCUUUAAUUAGUUUUAUUGGAAAUGGUUUUUAUUUGAUAUUUGCUAGUACCGAGGAGCAGAGUUGGUCAAUUAAUUCGAGUAAAGAGAAACGAAAGGCAGAAACUGAGAAGUUUUUGGCAUCAUCAUGAUGAAAUGACAUCUAUCCGAUAUUAGU